GAGUGAGUUGGAGAGAGCGGCUGAGACUGUCGGUAUAAUGCAGACGUUUGGAACUUAUAAACUUAAUGAAAAGCCACCAAACAAAGGACGUUAGUGUUGAAAUAGUUUUAGUGAAGAGUGCUCUGCAAACAUGCCGAACCACGUGACUGCACUGCUGGUGGUUCUGCUGCUCCUGUGCGGCCGCACCAGGAACCAAAGCCUUGACACUGCGCCUGCCCCUCAGUUUACCCAAUCUGUUUACAAUGCUACCAUUUAUGAGAACUCUGCUGCUAAAACCUAUGUGGAAAGUCCUGUCAAAAUGGGAAUCUACAUCACAGACCCUACCUGGGAAAUACGGUACAAAAUUGUGUUGGGAGACAACGAGAACCUGUUCAAAGCUGAGGAGUACCAAUUGGGAAACUUUAGUUUUUUGCGAAUAAGGACCAAAGGAGGUAGCAGUGCCAUUCUUAAUCGGGAGGUUAGAGACCACUAUAUUCUCACAGUAAAAGCCACGGAAAAGAACUCAAAUGCCGAGGCUCGGACAAGAGUCAUGGUUCAGGUACUGGACACAAAUGACCUUAGGCCACUGUUCUCCCCAACUUCUUAUAGCAUAUCAUUACCUGAAAACACAGCUAUUCGCACAAGUGUAGCCAAGGUGAUGGCAACGGAUGCAGACAUCGGUACGAACGGAGAGUACUAUUACAGCUUUAGGGAGUGGACAGACAUGUUUUCGGUCCACCCUACGAGCGGUGUGGUUACGCUAACUGGAAAGCUGGACUAUUCCGACACAAAGCAGUAUGAAUUAGAGAUUUUAGCAGUGGAUCGAGGCAUGAAGCUGUAUGGUAGCAGUGGAUUUAGCAGCAUGGCUAAGUUAAUGGUACAAGUGGAACAGGCCAAUGAACAUGCGCCAGUUAUUACUGCAAUAACACUAGCACCGUCAGACACAGAUAAGGACCCUACUUAUGCUAUUGUGACUGUUGAAGACAAUGACCAAGGAGCUAAUGGAGAGAUAGCGUCUCUCAGCGUUGUUGCUGGUGACCCUCUUCAGCAGUUUAAGGCCAUGAGGACAAGUCCAGGCAGCAAGGAAUACAAAAUCAAAGCGGUUAAGCAGGUUGAUUGGGAUAGUCAACCCUUUGGAUACAACUUAACACUGCAAGCCAAAGACAAAGGAAGUCCACCCCAGUUUUCAUCCGCAAAGGUCAUCCAUGUCACGUCCCCCAACUUUAAAGUAGGGCCUCCUAAAUUCAAUCAAGCUGUUUACAGAGUCAAUGUGAGUGAGUUUGCCCCACUACACACACCUGUUGUAAUGGUAACAGCUGUGCCAAAGUAUCCUCAUCUUAAGUAUGCAUUUAGACACAAAUUGAAUAAAAAUCAUUUUGCUAUUAAUGCAGAUUCCGGCUUGAUCACAACAGCUGGGCCCAUUUAUGCAGACUCUGUGUCCAGAUAUGAAUUAGAAGUUGUGACCAGUGACAAAAAAGCAUCAACUAAAGUCAUUAUUGAUGUGAUCGAUGUAAACAACAAUGCCCCUGAAUUCAAACAGACAUCUUUCAGAGCUAGUGUUGAUGAAAAUAUGCCAAUAGGUACUAGUGUACUAACAGUGAAAGCCAAUGAUUUAGAUAGUGGGGAGAAUGGAUAUGUCACUUACAGCAUCGCCAAUGCGAAUCCCCAGCCAUUUGUAAUUGAUUACUUCUCUGGUGCCAUCAGUACUUCAGAGCUUUUGGAUUAUGAACUGAUGGCAAGAAUUUAUACUUUGAAAGUGCGAGCAUCAGACUGGGGUUCUCCUUUCCGCCGUGAGGUGGAAACUCUGGUUACAGUUAUGCUUAACAACCUUAAUGACAACAAGCCACUUUUUGAGAAUGUAGAGUGUGAUGUGACUGUGCCAAGAGAUCAUGGUGUUGGUGAGCAAAUCACAACAGUGUCUGCUAUUGAUGCUGAUGAAUUGCAGCUGGUGCGGUACACAAUAAAAGCUGGCAAUGACUUUAAUCUUUUCGAUCUGAAUCCAAACUCAGGCGUGCUGUCUUUGAAGCAGCCGUUGAGUGAGGGUGAGGCAACAAAAGUGUCCUUGCACAGCUUACAGAUCGUAGCCAGUGAUGGAGAACACGAAACUCAGCCCAUGUUUUUGAACAUUACAGUCAUUACAGCACGUAAACCAGUCCAAGUUAAAUGUGUUGAUACUGGAGUCGCCAGCAUGCUGGCAGAAAAGCUUCUUCAAGGAAGCAAGAUCCACAGCCAAAGUGAACCCGAAGACAACUUCCAAGACAUUCAUUCUGUGAACCGCUUUGCACCUCAGUUUGUGGAGACGUUUCCCAGUGUGCUGGAGGUCAAAGAAGACUUACCUGUAGGGGCUAGGAUUGUCCUUCUUAGUGCUUCAGAUUCUGAUAGUGGUUUUAAUGGAAAACUGGUUUACGUUAUCUCAGGGGGUGAUCCAGAGAGUUGUUUUGUUAUUGACAUGGACAGUGGUUGGCUCAAAGUAUAUGCUCCGCUUGACAGAGAAACAACCGAUCACUAUACAUUGAACAUUACUGUGUAUGACCUUGGAAUACCCCAGAAGUCCUCUUCACGCUUACUGGAUGUAAAGAUUCUGGAUGCUAAUGACAACAGCCCACAGUUUUUGCAGGACACAUAUUCUGUGGAAAUCAGCGAGAUCACAGCUGUUGGAACAGAAAUCAUUCAAGUUGAAGCAAAAGAUAAAGAUCUUGGGGAUAAUGGUGUCAUCAGAUACUCCAUUUUGGCGGACACAGAUCAAUUUGGUAUUGAUACGGAGACAGGUAUUGUUACGGUGAAGAAGACUUUAGACCGGGAGAUGCAACCCAAUUUUGUGCUUAAGAUAGCAGCUUGUGAUCAGGCCACUGCAGAACCUCAACUUAUUUCAAAUAUGUUACUGAAAAUCACACUGGAGGAUGUAAAUGACAACCCUCCAAAAUUUAUUCCCCCAAAUUAUCAGGUUAAAGUACGGGAGGAUCUGCCCAUCGGUACUGUUAUAAUGUGGCUGGAAGCUCAUGACCCAGAUGUUGGACCUUCUAGCCAGGUACGAUAUAGCCUUGUAGACAGCGGGGAUGGGAAGUUUGAAGUGGACAAAUUGAGCGGUGCUGUGCGAAUUGUGCAGAAUCUGGAUUAUGAAAAAAAGCAGGUGUACAGUCUCACGGCAAGAGCAAAGGACAAAGGGAAACCCAUAUCUUUGUCCUCAAGUUGUCACAUUGAGGUGGAGGUAGUGGAUGUGAACGAGAAUCUGUACAGACCGUUGUUCCCAUCAUUUGUGGAUAAAGGAUUUAUCAAAGAGGAUGUGCCCAUUGGAACAUCGGUGAUGAAAAUCACAGCUCAGGAUGAGGAUAAAGGAAGAGAUGGAGAAAUCCGUUACUCCAUUCGUGAUGGGUCAGGUCUUGGGAUCUUUACCAUCGAUGAAGAAACUGGUGUGAUUCGAACACAAGAGCUGCUGGAUCACGAAACCGUACCUCACUACUGGCUGACAGUCUAUGCCACGGACUGCGGUGUUGUCCCACUCUCUUCCUUCGUGGAGGUGUACAUAGAAGUCCAGGAUGUCAACGAUAAUGCUCCUCAGACCUCUGAACCAGUCUAUUACCCCUCAGUCAUGGAGAACUCACCCAAAGACGUCUCCAUCAUCCAAAUCGAGGCGUUUGACCCGGACACCAAGUCCAGUGAAAAGCUUUCCUACAAGAUCACUAGUGGGAACCCCCAGGGCUUUUUCAGCAUCAGCCCUAAGACAGGUCUGGUCACCACUACGUCUCGGAAGGUUGACAGAGAGCAACAGGACGAACACAUUCUGGAGAUCACAGUGUCUGAUCAAGGCAUUCCCGUCAAGUCCACUAUGGUCAGAGUCAUUGUCAAAGUCCUGGAUGAGAAUGACAACAAGCCACAGUUUAUGGAGAAAGUCUACAAAAUCAAACUUCCUGAGCGAGAAAAAACUGAAAAAGAACGUUUAACGAAGAGAGAUCCCGUGUAUCGUGUCAUCGCCUCAGAUCGAGAUGAAGGACCAAAUGCUGAGAUCUCCUACAGCAUCGAGGAUGGAGAUGAGCAGGGCAAGUUCUUCAUUGAGCCCAAAACUGGCCUGGUUUCUUCUAAGAAGCUGUCCACUGCUGGAGAGUAUGAUAUCUUAACGAUUAAAGCAGUAGAUAAUGGCCGACCCCAGAAAUCAUCCACCUGCCGUCUACACAUCGAAUGGAUCCCCAAGCCAGAGCCAAGUGCUGUCCCUCUGGCAUUUGAUGAGCCGUUUUACUCCUUUUCCGUCAUGGAAAGCGACCCUGUGGCACACAUGGUCGGGGUAAUCACAAUGGAGUCUGCAGAUACACCAGUCUGGUUUGAGAUAACAGAGGACGUAGCGGCUAAAGAGAAGUUUUACAUCGUUCAGAUGGCUUGUGACCUGAACUGCACUGCAGAAGGUGGUAAUUCUGACAGUCGAUUUGAGGUGGGGAAAGCGAGUGGGACGGUGAUUGUGGCCCAAGCGCUGGACGCAGAGCAGAAAUCCCAUUAUAACUUGACGGUAGACGCAACAGAUGGCACCAGAUCUGUCAGCACGCAGGUUCUUAUUAAAGUGAUUGACACCAACAACCAUCGACCCCAAUUCUCUCAGCCCAAGUAUGAAGUGAACGUCCCUGAAGAUACCGCACCUGAGAGAGAGGUACUACGGAUUACAGCUACAGAUCAGGAUGAGAAGAACAAGCUUACCUUCACCCUCCUCAGCAGCACUGACCCAUUCAGUCUACGCAAGUUCCGACUAGAUCCUGGAACCGGGGUGCUGUACACUGCGGAGAGACUAGACCAUGAGACCAUGCAGCAACAUACACUAACUGUAAUGGUACGAGAUCAGGACAUUCCCGUGAAGCGGAACCUGGUGCGUGUGAUUGUAAACGUGCAGGACACCAAUGACAAUGCACCAUGGUUCUCUGGCUCACCUUACGUGGGCCGUGUGUUUGAGUCUGCUGCUGUUGGCUCUGCUGUGCUUCAGGUCAUGGCUCUUGACAAAGACAAAGGCCAGAAUGCUGAGAUUGUCUACAGCAUUGAGUCAGGAAAUGUUGCCAAUUCAUUUGCCAUUGAUCCUGUACUAGGCACAAUUACUGUGGCAAAGGAGUUGGACCGUAGCAACAAGAACCAAUUUGAGCUAACUGUGAAAGCCUCUGACAGAGGAACACCACCACUGAGUGCUACUGCUGUUGUUGCCAUAACUGUCACUGUUUCAGACAAUGCCAUCCCUAAAUUUACAGAGAAGGAGUUUUCUGCUGAGGUCAGUGAAACUGCACUCCCUGGAACCUUUGUGAGUCUGGUUACUGCUACUAGCCAAUCCUCAGUGUUCUACCAGAUUAAAGAUGGAAAUAUGAAUGGAGCAUUUGAUGUCAACCCUAACUCUGGAGUGGUCGUGACCCAUUCGGUUCUGGAUUACGAGACAAUGCCAUCAUACAAACUAACUGUUCAGGGAACUAAUAUGGCCGGUCUGGCUAGCAACACUACUUUACUGAUUCACUUGAAGGAUGAGAAUGAUAAUGCUCCAGCAUUCAGUCAAGAUGAGUUCACUGGAAUGGUCAGCGAAUCUUCUCCUGUUAACAGUGUAGUCCUCACCAAAGACAACACACCACUUGUCAUCCAUGCUUUUGACUAUGACCAUGAUGCUAACUCAAGGCUGGUCUAUCAGAUUGUUGAACCAUUCGCCCAUAAUUACUUUGCCAUAGACUCUAGCACUGGCGCAAUCAGAACCAUCAGUGAAUUGGAUUACGAGCAAAAAUCUUUGUUCCGCUUUUCUGUUCAAGUCCACGACAUGGGAAUCCCCCGUCACUUUGCAGAAAAGUCUGCCAAUGUGACUAUUGAGAUUAUUGACAUCAAUGAUUGCCCACCUCAGUUUAGCCGGGACCUUUAUGAAACCACUGUCUUACUGCCAACUUACAAAGGUGUGGAGGUGAUCAAAGUCAAUGCCACAGAUGCAGAUUCAGGUCCAAAUGCUAGGCUUUUUUACUCUAUUAUCGAAGGCAAUAUAGGAGAGAAGUUUAAAAUGGACGCAGUCACUGGGGUUAUCACUAUUCAAAAUGUCACUCAGCUUAGAAGCAGGUAUGAGCUCAGAGUUAGAGUGUCUGAUGGCAGAUUUUCUAAAACAGCUUUAGUAAAAAUAAAUGUCAGAGAGAAUAAAGAAAGCACUCUGAGGUUCACCCAAGAAACUUACAAGGCUUUUGUGCAGGAGAAUUCCUUAGAGAAGAAGACUUUAGCUGUAAUAGCAGCAGUUGGAAACCAAGUUAACGAACCUUUGUUUUACACAAUACUGAAUCCUGAUAAGAGAUUCCAGAUCAGCCAUACCUCAGGAGUGCUCUCCUCCACGGGCAUACCCUUCGAUCGGGAAGAGCAAGGUGUAUUUGAUAUUGUGGUUGAGGUUACCAGAGAAGACAAGUCAACUGAUAUAGCCCAUGUCCUUGUGACUAUAAUAAUUGAGGAUGCCAAUGACAACCCACCCGUGUUUGUCAAUCUGCCCUAUCGGGCAUUGUUGCAGGUUGACACUGAGGUGGGUCACGUUAUCACACAGGUGACUGCAGUUGAUGCAGAUAUUGACAGAAAUGCCGGGAUAAGCUACCACCUUCAGCAGCUAAAUGAGUACAUUCAGAUCAGUACAGAUGGUGAAAUCUCUCUAAAAAAGAAGCUUGAGAAGGACUCUCUUAAUACUGUACUUUCAAUCACUGUUGUGGCCAGAGAUGGAGGUGAAAUAUCACUUUCCUCAACUGUCCAAGUGCCAAUAAUGGUUGUAAACAAAGCAAUGCCUGUGUUUGAAAAAGCAUUCUACAGUCUGGAGAUCCCAGAGAACAUACCGUUACUGACACCUGUCAUUCACAUACAGGCUAAUGGCUCUGAAGGUCCCAGAAUUGUUUACACAGUCACAGAAGGGGACCCUCUCAAUCAGUUUUCCAUCAACUUCAAUACUGGUGUCAUUCAGGUUGUGAAGACUUUGGAUUUUGAGACACACCCAGCCUAUAAGCUCAGCGUUAGGGCCACAGAUUCACUAACUGGUGCCAAAGCUGAAGUCUUUGUUGACAUAAUCGUGGAAGACAUUAAUGAUAACUCACCUGUGUUUCAUCACAAUAUGUACAAUGCAAAUCUUUCGGAGGCUUCGGUAAUUGGGACGUCUGUAUUACAAGUCUCAGCGUCAGAUGCGGACACCGGUAGCAACAAAGUGCUCUUUUACCAGAUUGUUGAAAAUAAAGAUAAAACCUCAGAUUACUUUAGUAUUGACAGAGACACAGGAACAAUCUGGACAGCUCACAUGCUUGACCAUGAAGAGAAGACCCGACACCAGCUGAUAAUUAGAGCAGUGGAUGGUGGAGUGCCUGCCCUUUCCAGUGACGUCACAGUGUUAAUUGAUGUAACUGACCUUAACGACAAUGCUCCAGUGUUCUUGCAAAAUGUCUAUGAGUCUACAGUCAGUGAACUGGCACCCCGUGGCCACUUUGUCACCCAGGUUCAGGCUUCAGACGCUGACAUCUCAGAUAGCGGUAGGCUUGAGUUCUCAAUUAUAUCAGGAAAUGAAGGGCAGAACUUUGCAAUGGAUCCAAACACAGGGGCCAUAGUCAUAUCUAACCACCGGAAACCCCACAUGGAGUCUGUUUACAACCUUAAUGUGUCGGUGUCAGAUGGUGUAUUCAGGAGCUCAGCUAUUGUGAAAGUUAAUGUUAUUAAUGCUAACUUUCACAAUCCUACCUUCAACCAGUUGGAUUAUGUAGUUGAGCUUCUUGAGAACUCACCAGUUGGGACAUUUGUGGCAGAGGCUCAAGCAACAGAUGAUGACUCAGGCACAUAUGGAAGACUCACCUUCCAUAUAGUCAAUGAUAUUGCCAAAGAUAAGUUCUCCAUCUCUGAAAAUGGAGAGAUUUUCACUUUGGAGAGUUUUGACCGAGAGAAUGCAUUGGAGAAAGUGAUUCCAAUUUCUUUAAUUGCCAGAGAUGGUGGUGGCAAAGUUGGAUUCUGCACCGUAAACGUGAUCUUAACGGAUAUCAAUGAUAAUGCUCCGCAGUUCAGAGCUGCUGACUACAAAGUUAAUGUAGCUUCCGAUGUGCCUAGAGGAACAACAAUACUUAAGAUUGCAGCCUCCGACAUGGAUGAAGGCAGUAAUGCUGACAUCACCUAUUCUAUUGAAGCGGAAGCAGAAAAUGUUGAGGAGAAUUUUGAAAUCCACCAGUUCAGUGGUGUCAUUGUAACCAAGGAGAGCCUCAUUGGAUUGGAGAACGAACUCUAUACGUUUCUUGUACGAGCAAAAGAUAGUGGAAAUCCCACCAAGUCCUCUGUUGUUCCAGUCUAUGUCAGGAUACUUGCUCCAGAGGUCCCAGUACCAAAAUUAAUUGAGUCUCACUACAGAUUUGCCAUCGAUGAGGAUCUUCCCCUUGGUUCAGAAAUAGAUGUCAUUCAGGCUGAGAGUGACCAGCCAGUCUUUUACAGUCUAGUAAAAGGGAAUACUCUUGAGAGCAACCAGGAUGAGGUAUUUGUGGUUGACCCCGACUCAGGAUCUUUGAAGCUAGAAAAGAAGCUUGACCACGAGAGCACCAAAUGGUAUCAGCUAACCUUUCAAGCACAAAGUGAAUAUGAGGGCAGCAAAGUUGUCUCCUCUGUGGAUAUUAGCAUCCAGGUCAAGGAUGUCAAUGAUAAUCGACCACAUUUUGAGUCCAGUCCGUACGAAGCUUUUGUAGUGGAAAAUCUCCCAGGUGGCACCUCUGUUAUACAGGUUAAAGCCACAGACCUGGACUCAGGUACUAAUGGCCAAGUGGUUUAUAAUUUGGAUCCCAACCAAGAGUCGGAGGGCAUAGCUGAAUUGUUUGCCAUCAACAGUGAGACUGGAUGGAUUACCACAUUAAAGGAACUUGACCGUGAGAAGAGAAAUAUGUACACACUUUCAGUCUUAGCCACUGACCGUGGAGACAAAAUUCAGCUGACAACGAGUACCAAGGUGGAUGUUACAGUGGUAGAUGUGAAUGACAACCCACCACGGUUCACAGCAGAGAUCUAUAAGGGCACAGUAAGCGAAGAUGACCCACCUGGUGGAGUCAUUGCCAUUCUUAGCACCACAGACUUGGACACAGUGGACAAUAACAAACAAAUUAACUACUUUAUCACAGGCGGAGACCCCUUUGGACAGUUCGGCAUUGAGCACACUCAAGGCGAGUGGAAGGUCUCGGUGCGAAAGCCUCUGGACAGGGAGGAGAGGGACAAUUAUUUGCUAAACAUUUCUGCCACUGAUGGGACCUUCACAGCCAAAUCUGUGGUGGAAGUCAAGGUCUUGGAUGCCAACGACAACAGCCCAAUUUGUGAGAAGUCUCUCUAUACAGAGAGUGUCCCAGAGGACUCCCUAGCUGGACGGUUGAUCCUGCAGGUCUCCGCUACAGAUGAUGACAUCCGUUCCAAUGCGCAGAUCUCCUACGAGUUGCUGGGACCUGGCUCUGAACACUUCAGCAUUGACCCUGAAACAGGCGAAUUGAAAACACUGCUCCCUCUGGAUCGGGAGCAAGAGGAGGUGCACAAGAUGAAGGUGCGUGCUCUGGAUGGAGGCGGACGCUUUUGUGAAGCAGAUGUCGAGAUCACAGUCGAGGACGUCAAUGACAAUGCUCCGCAGUUCAACUCUGACCCCUACACAUUCACUGUGUUUGAGAACACAGAGAUAAACACACCUGUGGCCCGCCUCUAUGCCACUGACCUUGACACAGAUUUUAACGCAGAAAUUCUCUACUCCCUGCUGGACUCUGCUAAUGGGGUGUUCUCCAUCGAGGAGGAGACUGGUGUCAUGCGACUGGAUCGUCCUCUGGACCGUGAGCUCCAGUCGCUCUACACCCUCCGUGCCCGGGCCACUGACCGCGGCUCCCCACACCGCUCCUCCCUCACCACUGUCACCAUUUCUAUCCUGGAUAUCAACGACAACCCUCCCGUCUUCGAGCGUCGCGAGUACUCGGCCACCGUUGCUGAAGACAUCACCGUGGGCACUCAGGUGUUGCGGAUACACGCUGCCAGCCGAGACGCAGAAGCAGGCGCAGAGAUUACUUACGCAAUUAUCAACGGAAACGAGAGAGGAGCAUUCCGCGUGGACCCCCAUACAGGUGGUAUCUUUGUGAUCGAACCUUUGGACUACGAAACAGCUCAUGUGUUUUAUUUAACUGUGGAGGCUACAGACGGAGGCACGCCAUCACUCAGCGACAUGGCUACGGUAAACAUCAACCUGACUGAUGUGAAUGACAACAGCCCUGUCUUCAACCAAGACAUCUUCUCAGCUGUGAUCAGUGAAGAUGCAGAGCUGGGAAAGACCGUGCUUACUGUUAUGGCUGACGAUGCAGAUGGCCCAUCCUGUAAUCAGGUACGCUUCUCCAUCAUUGACGGCAAUCAAGGCAGUCCUUUCACCAUCGACCCUGUCAGAGGAGAGGUCAAGGUGGCCCGCCAGCUCGACAGAGAGAAGACUUCAGGUUACACACUGAUGGUGUUGGCCUCUGAUAAUGGAAGACCGGCUCGAUCCAGCAGCGCUACAGUCAACAUAGACGUCUCAGACAUAAAUGAUAACCCACCUUUAUUCUCUCAGGCCAACUACAGCAUCAUUAUACAGGAGAACCAGCCAGUUGGUACCAGCAUUCUCCAGCUGACUGUGUCUGAUCAUGAUGCCUCCCACAACGGACCUCCUUUCACAUUUUCCAUUGUCAGCGGGAACGAGGGUGAUGCCUUCCAAAUCACUCCUCAGGGCGUGUUAGUCUCUGCAGCAACACUGAGCCGUCAGGCCCAAGAGUUCUACGUACUACAGGCUCAGGUGACAGACAGUGGUCUACCACCGCUAGUCUCUACGACAUUUGUGAGUGUUCAUCUGAUUGAAGAGAGCAUCUAUCCUCCUGCCAUUCUACCCUUGGAUAUCUUCAUCACCACGUCAACAGAUGAAUAUUCUGGUGGGGUUCUCGGUAAAAUACACGCCACCGAUCAGGAUGUUUAUGACACUCUAACCUACAGCUUCACCCCUGAUAGUUCCUCCACCUCCCAACACUCUAGCCUCUUCUCUGUAUCACCUGCUGAUGGGAAGCUUGUGGCCCGUGGGAAUCUGGACGCUGGUCAAUACGUCUUUAACAUUACAGUGACAGAUGGCCGCUUUACCGCAGCUGCCCGAGUCAACAUUCUUGUAAGGCAGGCAGCAGCACAAGCACUUGACAACUCCAUCGCUGUGCGUUUUGCCGCUAUAGCACCAGAGGAGUUUAUCGGAGAUUAUUGGCGCAACUUUUUGCGGGCCUUGCGUAAUAUCGCCGGUGUUAGACGUGGAGAUGUGCAGUUAGUCAGCUUACAACCUGCUGCUGAUGCCUCUGGUGAUCUCGAAGUCCUUCUAGCACUGGAGAGGUCAGGAAGUCCAUUCCAGCCACAGGAAGUGGUGUACAGGAAGUUGAAUGCUUCAGUUGGAGUAAUUGAAGAGAUGACUGGUGUCCGUAUUGUACGUGUUGUAAAGAAACUUUGUGCCGGAUUGGACUGUCCUCUUAGUUACUGUCAAGAGACGGUUUCCUUGGAGACAGGAGCAGUGUCGGCCUACAGCACAGCAAGAAUCAGUUUUGUUACGCCACGUCACAUGCGCACAGCCAAGUGUCUUUGUGAAGGAGCUCAGUGUCCUGUCUUGAGUAAACUGUGUGAAGCAAGCCCCUGUCCUGACGGCAUGGAGUGUGUAGAAGAUCCCACGCACACCAAGUUCAGCUGCAUCUGUCCAGAAGGAAAACAGGAGGAGUGUGGAGAGAGUGAGUCCUUAACGUUCAGUGGUAACGGAUAUGUACGGUACAGGCUGAUGGAGAACGAGAAUAAGGAAGAAAUGAAGCUGUCCCUCAGAUUGAGAACAUUCUCUACCCACGCUACUGUCAUGUAUGCCAAAGGCACAGACUACAGCAUACUGGAGAUUGUGAAUGGCCGUCUACAGUACAAGUUUGACUGCGGCAGUGGCCCUGGUGUGGUGUCUGUCCACAGUACCCAGGUCAGUGACGGACAGUGGCACACGGUCUCUCUCGAGGUAGAUGGCAACUACGCUAGACUGGUCCUGGAUCAGGUCCAUGCCGCAUCAGGCACAGCUCCGGGCACUCUGCGCACCCUCAACCUGGACUCCAGCAUCUUCUUUGGGGGCUACGCCCGGCCAGUGUCUGGCUCAGGGAGACUGGUAGUGAACGGGCUGCGGGGCUGCCUGGAAGGGAUCGUGUUGAAUGAGAGGGAGCUGCCGCUGUCUCAGGUUCGAGGAGUUCACUCAGUCCUGGAGGAGCUGGUCGAGGCGGCUCCUGGGUGCAGCUUGUCUCCACUGGUCCAGGGCUGCUCCAGUAACCCCUGCACCAAUGGAGGCACAUGUUCAUCACUGCCCAAUGGAGGGUAUUUCUGUAAGUGCACUGCUGCAUUUAUGGGCACGCACUGUGAAGUCAGUAUCAGUCCCUGUGCUUCUAACCCCUGCCUCUAUGGAGGUACUUGUGUCCCACGAGGAGGAGACUUCUACUGCCAGUGCAGAGGACAAUAUUCUGGCCAACGGUGUCAGCUGGGUCCAUACUGCACAGAUAACCCGUGCAAGAACAGCGGCAAGUGCAUCGAUAGCCUGGAUGGCCCCGUGUGUGAGUGUGAACCUGGUUUUCAAGGAAACAGGUGCCUCAGUGAUGUAGAUGAGUGCCUGAAGAACCCUUGCGCUAACGGCGGUCACUGCCAAAACACAUACGGCUCCUUCAACUGUAACUGCUCCACGGGCUACAGCGGUGGACAGUGUGAACUCCGUGCCGAAAUCCGCAAUGAAUUUGUCUCUACCUCUUGGAACAUCGGCCUGGAGGAAGUUAUCGGAAUUGUCGUCUUCGUCGCCUGUAUCUUCCUUCUCGUCCUUCUCUUCGUCGUGGUUCGAAAGCGAAUAUGCCGGCGCUCAAAAUCCAAAUCUGAUGAUGACAACAAGCAUGGCUUAGACAUGGGGGCCCCACACUCCUUCUUCCAGCGGCCAUACUUUGACUCCAAACUCAACAAGAACAUCUACUCUGACAUCCCGCCGCAGGUCCCCGUGCGGCCCAUCUCCUACACUCCCAGCAUUCCCAGUGACUCCCGCAACAAUCUGGACCGCAACUCCUUUGAGGGCUCGGCCAUACCGGAGCACCCAGAAUUCAGCACGUUCAACCCCGACUCGGUGCACGGACACAGAAAGACAGUGGCCGUUUGCAGUGUUGCACCUAACCUGCCUCCUCCCCCUCCCUCCAAUUCAGUGUCCGACAGUGACUCCAUACAAAAGCCCAGCUGGGAUUACGAUUAUGAUGCUAAAGUGGUGGACUUGGACCAAUGUCUGAGUAAGAAGCCAGUGGAGGAAAGUGCGUGUCACCCUUACAACACCAGAGGGAGCAUGUCUGAGAUGCAAUCUCUCAACUCCUUCCAGUCUGAGUCAUGUGACGACAAUGCCUCCCUAGUGACAGUAAUCCACCUUGUCAGCACUGUUGUUGACUCGGUGGAAAAAGAAGAGUCAUUCUCGGCUCAUGAACACAAGAACCCAAGAGGCUAUCAUUGGGACACAUCUGACUGGAUGCCGAGCGUUCAACUUCCUGGAAUCCAGGAGUAUCCUCAGUAUGAGGUAGUGGAGGCCCCACCCACCCUUUACAGUGACCCCGCCUUGCUGGACACAGACUACUAUACAGGCGGAUAUGACAUCGAAAGCGACUUCCCUCUCCCACCUGAUGAUUUUCUCGCACACGAUGACCUGCCCCCUCCUCCACCCGUGCCAGAAUAUGGGGAACGCUAUGACACAUUGCAAGUCCCCACGCAAGGGCUAAACAGCACCCCAUCUAGCCCCGGGUCUGUGGUCCGCCAGCGCCCACCUUUACCCCAACUCUACAGCCUCACACAGUUCAUACCCCACCACCAUUACUCUUCAGACCCAGAACCCCAGACCAACCCCACCAAUACCAUCACAUCAUCAACCACCGGAUCCCCUGGAGGAUACCGGCGAGGAGGCUUCCCACUGGGUUACGGCCGUGACUUCGAUCCCCCUGCCGCUGAUAACAUGUCUCUGUCGCUGUACACGUCCACGGCGUCUUGCUCGGACAUGUCGGCAUGCUGCGAGGAGUCGGAGGUGAUGAUUAGCGAUUAUGAGAGUGGAGCAGAGGAGGAGGAAGCGCAGUUUAAAAGGCUGGUCAAACUGCCGCUGGACUCUCAACAACAGCAUACUGAAGUCUGACACUGGAUCCAACAGCAGAAUAUCAAAAGUGCCUAAAUGAAACCCUGCUACAGGAGACUGUGUAUUGAAUGCGCAACCACACAACAUACACGGUACAUGGAAGCAUACGUAGUCUUACAUUUAAUGUAAAUGCCAAACACUCACACAUACACACAUAUGAAUCUUCCUCUCUCUGAAGAAAGGUGUUGGACUUGCCUGAACACGAGUUCUCUCCAGUAGCUCUUGUGGGCUUUGUUAUUAUUAUUAUUUAGUAUUGGAGAGAGUAUAAGACUUCGCUGUGCCAUUAAAGAACACCAAUCAUCAUGCACAUGAUGUCUGACAACCAUGCUGAGAUGUACAAUUUACACAGAAAAUAACUAUUUUGUCAUGGAUAAUGAGAGAAAUAAAAGCAUAAUAUCAAGGUGAUAUCUGUAUUUAUAUAGAUAAAACCAUGCAAACAGAUUUUUAUACAAAUCCUCAUUCAUUUGAAUUGUAAAUUUUAAUGUACAGUUUUGAUUUCAAGGUUUUACUAGGUUUUUGUAGAUAUUUGUUUUCCAAAAAAGUAGUAUACCAACCAAAUGGUGUGUCUUUAUCAACCUUACUGUAUGUUCAUUCACAAGCAAAAAAAAAAAAAAGCAGAAGAGAAUAAAUAAAAGAUAUGAAUGUGUGAUCGUCACAACACGUGUUUAUGUCUGAAAGGCUUAACUGAUGGUCAUCUGCAUAAUCUUGUGAUGUGUAUUUUUUUAUUAUUAUUAUUUGUUUGUUUGUAAAUUGUGACUUUGGAACAUCUUUAUUUUUUUCCACCAUGAAAAUGGGACCCAAUAUAUUUAUAUUGCAAGAUUAUUCACAGACAUGUGACUUUUUCAGGGGUCUGUGUGUGUGUGUGUGUGUGUGUGUGUGUGUGAGCAAUGCUAUGGUCUUGUUUUAUGAUUUUUAUUAAAUACUGCCAAUAGCUUAACUGCUUUACUACUGGCAAUAAAUUAUUCUCUAAAAUGGGUUUGCCUUGUAUGUAGUUAUUCAUAAACAUUUAUAAACCAUUCAGUGUCAGGGACUAGAUGUUAUAGAGCUUUCUGGCAUUAUUCAGUGCACAACUGAUUUGAACAGUGCAUUACAUUUUAUAUUAAAGGGGACACUGUUGGAAAUGAAUGGGGUUCAAAGUCAGAGGUGAAUCCUCUUACCACUGAUGCGCAUAGACGGGCACUCCACUUUUCUCGCUCCGCAUCAGUUCAAUGUCAUGCUCCCGCGCUAAAUUCUGUGACUGUUCGCUCUUUUCUUUGAAAAUAAACUGUCCUAAUGAGUAACGUUAUGAGUGAGUACACUGUGCUAUACUUCCCUGCCCAGCAAUCUUACAUAUGCUGCUAUCUGUCUGAAAAGCCUACUCAUCUAAGGGAGUGCAGGAGGGAUGGAUGAUAUAAAUUUAGAAAGUUGUCACAAAAUAUAAUGUAACCAAAUGCUAUAAUUUAUUUAAUAUUAUUAAUAUGUUAAUCUGG